AUGGGCCUCCUGGAGAAGCUUCACGCAACCACAGGACUCGAGCUCUACAAGCUCGAACAGCGAUAUACUCGCCGCCGCAAGACCUUUGCCAGCGAAGCCGUCUACGUCGACGGCGAAUACGUUUUCCAUUCCGGCUUCGGCGGCGGAUCUGGCGACAGCUCCUCCGUCGGCAUGGGUGGCGUCGGCGACAAUGUCUCUGCCACGGGCAGCAGCAGCAAUACUACUAUUAGUAGCAUCAGCAGCAAGUUUCGCAGCUCCAGCGGCGGCGCCAGCAACGGGACCGGAACUGCCGGCAGCCUGCGAUCCAAAGCGGCGAGUUCCGCCGGUACUACUGCUGGUGCUCCCAGUAUAUUCAUGAGCCACGUCUGA